AUGAACUCGUCACAGUUUGCUGGCAUUUUCGGAGUAUACGAGAAACAUGUGGUGUAUUUCCAACUUCAACGUGACACAAUGUUAUUUUAUGGCAUAGCUACAGAUGUAGUGAUAACAUUUGUUUUAUAUGUAAUGAAAACCAGUUCUAUUGAAUUACUCAAAGCAUUUCGAAUCCUAAUGUAUUGCAACGUUGCUAUUCCCGCUUUGUUAUGCAACCUGAUUUGUAUCCUAUUUGUGCCGUACAUAAUGCUGCCAUAUCCUGUUAUUCUUAACUUGGGUCCAUUGAGAAUCAACCGUGAAGUGACUCUAUUGUUUAGCGCUAUGAUAUGUUGGCUGGGAGCAUGCGCCGUUCUCAGCAUUGCGUACUCUAUAGCGCUCAACUACAUAUCUGUAUGUCACUUUUGGCUGUUGAGAUCUAGAGCUUUUCUCAUCGUGAAGUGGACUGCUUUUCUGUUACCAGCUGUGGUUAUAGUAGCCUUCAGCAUCGUGCUACCAUAUUUGAUAUUAAGCGAUACGCAAUCAGUACCUUCUAUGUUGAUAGCAGAUCCGAGAAACGCCGUCUUUUUGGACGAGUUUGCUACUAUGGUCGUUUACCUUAGAUCAUUAGGCGUUGAUUUGUGUCUUAUAUUUCUACUCCUUAUUUACACAGGCGCAGCAAUCAUUGGUACUGUCAUGAUUACCAGAGUCGUUCUACGUAUCCGAGCACGGAAACACGAAUUUUCUACAAAAACGUAUCGCCUCCACAUAAACGUGGUUAUCGCCCUCAUCAUGUACUGUGCCAUAUUAUUCGUUCAACUCGGCUUGCCUGUUAUGUUAUUCGUGAUCACAGUAUUUUUUGACCUUUCAUGGAUGACGGAG